GAUCCAGUUUGCCUGUUCCGUGUGCAAAUUCCGGAGUUUUGAGGAGGAGGAGAUCCAGAAGCACCUCCAGAGCAAAUUCCACAAGGAGACCCUUCGCUACAUUGGCACCAAACUGCCCGACAAGACCGUCGAGUUCCUGCAGGAAUACAUCGUCAACAGGAACAAGAAGAUCGAGAAGCGGCGGCAGGAGCUGACGGACAAGGAGGGAACCAAACAGAAACCGGAUCCCUUCAAGGGUGAGUUCAAGGGAAUCCCCUCGGGAAUUCUGGGAAUGAGCGGGAAAACCCAGCCCUUCAAGG